UGUGAGAAAAAGAAAUCACAGCGCAAGCGAAAAAAAAUAAUAAUAAGAAAAAAAAUUAAUCACAGAACGAUUAAUAAAAAAAAAUUCUCCAUAUUCUGGUAUUUUGUAAAAACCAUUUAAAAAAAAAAUUAAUAAAGUUGAAAGGUAAGUCGGUCAUUUCAGCAUCAAGUGAACCAUCGCACUGAUUGGGUUGUUCUUUAUUGGGAUACUUUGUUGGAUUCUGAAAACAUUCUUUACUGCUUUCACAAUCUUUUGAAGUCCUCAACUGUCCCUCUACAGACAGUGAGUUGUCAAAAGACAAAAGCCCAUAAAAAACCCACCAAUCUACCAACAUUCAAACCUCAUACCGCUCUUUAUAUGCACAAAUUCCCAUGCAAAGAAAAUGAAUAUGAACAAUCCCAAGUUCCAAACCUUCGAUUCCCUUCCCACAUGGUAGCCAGUGGUCAUACCCUUCCUCAUGGAGAAGCGCGUGUACCAAGUUUGGAAGGGAAGCAAUCAUUCACUUCAUUUGUCACUGAGGGUACUUCAACAAGGCGUAUGUGACUAUGUCCCCCAAUGUGGGAUGCUGGGAGGACAACACUUUGCACACAAACUGGCUUAUUUUGCACUCAAACUCGCAUCCUCACACCUCUUAGUCCAAGCUUUUAGAAUUGCACCAAGCAAAUUACCCUUUGGUACUGCAAACAAACACCAAAGCAACCCCCAAAAUGGGAACGGCUUCUAUGCUGCUUUCUAUUGUUCUGGUUAUGAGGAGUCAGUGAGCCAUCUUCUCUUGCACUGUCCAAUAGUGAGCGACGUUGGCCCAUGUUAUUUGCAACCAAUCUUCUCAAUCCUUGGAGGGGAUGUACAGGCAAGUUCGAGACACAUGGAGGGGAGGUCCUUUAUGCAUAUGGUGGAGUUUGUGAAAUUCAUCUUCAGUGGGAGGUUGAUAUUUGGACCAGAUGCUAGGUCACUGAUAAUUACCUUACUGCUUAUCCUUGUUCCUGUUGUGAUCUUUUGUACACUUGUUGCCAGGAAUCUUCUCAAUGAGCUUCAAGCAUAUAAUGCUGGAUAUGCUAUUCUGGUUGUAUCAAUUGUCUUAACAAUCCUUGUAUUGGUGCUGCUUCUUUUGACCUCAGCUCGGGACCCUGGCAUUGUUCCCCGCAAUUUACAUCCUCCAGAGGAAGAGUUAUGUUAUGAUUCUUCAACCUCUGUGGAGGUUGGUGGUAGAACAACACCAAGCCUUCAAUUUCCCCGCACCAAAGAAGUCUUUGUUAACGGUUUUGCUGUGAGGGUUAAAUAUUGUGAAACCUGUAUGCUGUAUCGUCCUCCCCGAUGCUCUCAUUGCUCCAUAUGCGAUAAUUGUGUGGAGCGCUUUGAUCACCAUUGCCCCUGGGUGGGCCAAUGCAUAGGAAAGCGCAACUACCGUUACUUUUUUAUGUUUGUUUCUUCUUCAGCACUUCUCUGUAUCUUCGUCUUUUCGAUGUCGGCUUUGAACAUGAAAUUUCUUAUGGAUCGUUAUGGAACAGUUUGGAAGUCUAUGAACGAAUCACCUGCAUCAGUGAUACUAUUGGCCUAUUGUUUCAUUUCUAUGUGGUUUGUGGGGGGUCUCACUGGCUUCCACCUAUAUCUUAUAGGCAAAAACCAGACCACAUAUGAGAAUUUUCGCUACAGAGCAGACAGCAGACUCAAUGUCUAUGACCGGGGCUGCCUGGGCAAUUUUUUUGAUGUGUUCUGCUCAAAGAUAGAACCUUCAAGAAACAAUUUCCGUGCCCAUGUACAAGAAGAGGCACCAAGGCCUCCCAAGCGCACUGUCAGGUUAGCAGAAUUGGAUGAUAAUGGUGGGGAGAGACGAGCAAAAGUAGAAGAUGAUCUAGAGAUUGGUAAUGAUCUUCUGAAGAUAUCCCAACGCCAUGAUCUUGAAGAAGGGGAUAUUCGAAACAGAGGCAGUGAUGGGCUACCUAAGAAGUCUUCCGAUGAUGAAUUUGGUUUAGGUUUGGAACUGCAGAAAUCCAUCUCCUGGUCAGAGAGACACCACUCCAGUUUCAGUAGAAGAAAUGCAAGCAUGGAUUUGUCAUCAGAAAUUCUUGUCUUUAACUCCAAUCGCUGAGAGCAGAAACUAUAUAUACUCAAAUUGAGGAACACCAGUAGAGAUGGUUUAGUUGAUUUUGUUUGUGGUGCAAUACGCAGCAAUCAUUGUUUUCGAUAGUUACAGAUAUGCCCUAGGCUGUUGAAACUUGACCUCCCUUUUUUAAUCUUUUUGGUGCAAUACAAACUGAUCUUGGCGCUCCCCUUCCCUAGUUCCCUCUUUGUUCCCUUGGAGAAGUCACAAGGGUUGGAAGAGACGGUUGAUAGAGUUCCUUACUGAUUUUUUUUUUUUUUUUUUUUUUUUUGGUAUAAGAUAUGUUUAACUGGGGUUUCUGUAUAUUUAAAGCUUGUUUGAUUCGUAACUGUUGGAUUAGCAUUAUCAAUUUGUGUUUUUUAUUUCUCAAGUUUAUCAGUAAUUGGAGAACAGAUGUAAAACAAGGGUUUGGAAAAUAUGGAUCAAUUUUUGUGAU